CAGAAGCCCUUCAGGUGCUUGGAAUGUGGGAAGAGCUUCAGGAAGAGCUUCAACCUCCUCACCCACCAGCACAUCCACACCGGGGAACGUCCCUACAUGUGUGGGGAAUGUGGGAAGAGCUUCAGGCAGAGGUCCAACCUCCACACCCACCAGCGCAUCCACACUGGGGAACGGCCCUACACAUGUAGGGAAUGUGGGAAGAGCUUCAACCAGAGCUCCAACCUCCACACCCACCAGGGCAUCCACACUGGAGAACGGCCCUACCCGUGUAUGGAAUGUGGGAAGAGCUUCAGGGACAGCUCCCACCUGAUUGAACACCAGCACAUACACACCGGAGAACGGCACUACACCUGUAGGGAAUGUGGGAAGAGCUUCAGCCAGAGAUCCACCCUCCUCCAACACCGUGGUGUGCACACUGGGGAACGGCCCUACACAUGUUGGGAAUGUGGGAAGAGCUUCAGUUACAGCUCCACCCUCCACAUCCACCGACUCAUCCACACUGGGGAACGACCUUACAAGUGCUUGGAAUGUGGGAAGAGGUUCAGGACCAGCUCAGAUCUCCUCAGGCAUGAGCAGACACACACAGAUGAGAGGCCCUUCCGCUGCACCGACUGUGGGAAGGGCUUCAACCGGAACUCCCACCUUGUCACCCACCGGCGCAUCCACACAGGGGAGAGGCCCUACAAGUGUGGGGAGUGUGGGAAGAGCUUCACCGAGAGCUCUAAGUUGACCAGACACCAAUGGACCCACCGGUAAGGGAAGCUCUACCAGUGCCCCGACUGCGGGAAGAGCUUCGGCCGCUGCUCCAACUCCGUCAGCUAUUGGAGGACCUUUAUUGGAUGAUCCACAGGGACCCACGUUGAGGACAGACCUGGUUCCAGGUCAUCCAUGCUGGGCACUGUAUUGGGUCUGGAUGGCCAUGUUUUGGUAGCAGGGGAGCUCCAGGGGUGGGUUCUGUGAGCAGCUGCCAGAAGCUUCCUCCAUGUCCAGCCCCUCUCCCGACCCCCCUGACAGUGAGGGUGACCCAGGGUCUUGUUAAUCCAGCCCUUGGGCAGAUUAGAGUGAAAGGACAGUGAAUAAUCAGUGUUUAUAGAUAUAUAUAUGUAGUGUUUAUUUUAGAACAGUUGGGUUGCCAUGUAAAGCAGGUUUGGAGCCAUUUUGGUUCCUGUAUAUAGUGAUAUGAAAGCGUAAA